AUGGAGGAAGUUGAUCACUUAGUUCAUGAGAGAAAGAAGGCUCAGUUCGAUGUGGACUCUAUGAAGAUCGUCUGGGCAGGAUCUCGCCAUGCAUUCGAAGUCAAUGAUCGCAUAUCGAAACUCGUUGCCAAUGAUCCUGUGUUCAGCAAGGACAAUAAAGCAGCUCUAGGAAGGAAGGAGUUGUUUAAAAACACUCUCAGGAAAGCUGCAUAUGGAUGGAAAAUGAUUGAGGAGCUUCAUCUUACUGAAGAAGAGGCAUCGAGAUUGAGAUACUUUGUGGAUGAACGUCAAUAUACUGAACUUCAUUGGGUAUAUUUUUGUUUAACUAGUUUCUAUCUUUAA